GUCCCACUGUCUGCUGCACUCCCCACGCGUUCCACCAUGACUUGCUCGCUGUUCCGAGGAAACUUUUGGAGCUCGGACAUCCUCAGUACCGCUGGCUACGACAGCAUCAUUCAGCAUCUGAACAACGGCCGCAAGAAUUGCAAAGAGUUCGAAGACUUUCUAAAGGAAAGGGCAUCAAUUGAAGAGAAAUAUGGCAAAGAUCUGCUCAACCUCUCCAGGAAGAAGCCAUGUGGACAGUUUGAGAUCAACACUUUGAAGCGGGCCCUUGAAGUCUUCAAGCAACAACUAGACAAUGUGGCACAAUGUCAUAUUCAUCUUGCACAGACUCUAAGAGAAGAGGCCAGGAAGAUGGAGGAAUUCAGGGAAAAGCAAAAGUUACAACGGAAAAAGACCGAGCUCACAAUGGAUACUGUCCAUAAGCAGAAGAGCUUACAAUUCAAGAAAACCAUGGAUGCAAAGAAGAACUACGAACAGAAAUGCCGAGACAAAGAUGAGGCAGAGAAUGCUCUCCACCGGAAUGCCAACGUGGCAAACUCAAAGCAACAAGAAAAGCUUUUUGUGAAACUGGCAACUUCGAAGACUGCAGUAGAAGACUCGGACAAGGCAUACAUGACGCAUGUCAACACGCUGGAGAGGGUCCGUGAAGAGUGGCAGAGUGAGCACGUCAAAGCCUGCGAGGUGUUUGAAGCUCAAGAAUGUGAACGAAUAAACUUCUUUCGGAAUGCACUGUGGUUGCACAUGAACCAGCUAUCCCAACAGUGUGUCACCAGUGAUGACAUGUAUGAACAAGUCCGUAAGAGUUUAGAAAUGUGCAGCAUUGAAAAGGACAUCGAGUACUUUGUCAAUCAGCGAAAAACUGGACAGACACCACCAGCACCCAUCAUGUAUGAGAAUUUCUACUGCCCCCAGAAGAAUGCCGCACCACUAGGAAAGACUACUGUGCCUAACUUGGCAAGGAGAGGACCUCCCCCGAUUCCUAGAAGUUUACCAGAUGAUCCAGACUAUUCUUUGGUUGAUAACUACAGCUUGAUCUAUCAGUAACAUCAAUGAUAACAAAGCUUUUCCCAUUGGUGCUUCUAUGGCAUGGAAGGAGGCACUCAGAGCAGCAGAAUCUAUAGAAACGAUGCCAGUGAUGACAACUUUGAAGCAAACCCUUACUGUCAUUUUUUGAUACUGUCAAUUUAUGGUAGACAUUUAGUUCAACUUAGGCUAGUAGAUAUCUGUAAUUUAAAAAAGAAGUUUAAAAAUUGACCCAACCUGAAGUAUUACCUUUACCCACUUACAAGUUUUGAAUGAAUUGUUUUCUAUUUGAUCCAGGAAAUUCUCUGAAUUCAGAGUCUUGAUUCUGGGAGUGUUGGGGAGCUGCACAGGACUCUGAGUCACCAAUCUGCAGAAUCCCCUUUGUUUUUGGGGGCAUCACAGCUAUGGAAUUUCCACGGUGACAUACAUUCAGUGGUACAUGAUUAAAACUGCCUUUCUGCUUGGAAGACUUAGGUCAUCUGAUCACAUUUUUUUAUUUAACAGAUGAUGAAAUGAGGCCCAGAAGUGGGAAAUCAAUUUUCUUGCUGUUCUCUCAGCUGAUCAGGAACAAAACCGGCACUAGAGAACAAGCCUAUUCCAAUCAGCUUUCCUCUAACCCGUCCUGAGGCUGUGUUACUCAGGUUGAAAUUUAAGAUGCCAAAUGUUUUCACCAGCAUCUUUUCAGUUGGGAAAAGCACCAGGGUUUAAAGGUCAAAUUUAUUUUUGCAUGGCUUACUGUGUGUACUGAACUUCAGAGCACAAUACUUAAUAUAGUGAAAGAAGCCAGUGACUAUAAAACACGCCAUUACUUUAAGUGUCAUGAGGAAAGCUGGAGGUGAGGGAGAAUUGAUAAUUAACUUGUGAUUGUUAAUGGCCAAAUACAUUUGAACUUGAGAUGCAAAAGCGUGAACAAAGUACUUCCUUUUAUCAGUGACAUAUGAUAUUUUGAAUGUGUUUCUGAAGGGAAUGUUAGAGUCACCAAGCCAGUCCUCGAUUCUGGGUAUUCACAGAGAAUCUUCCCCUUGUUAGAUCUUGAAAUUUUUAGUGUCAUUAGUACCUUUUUACAAACAUCCUUUUGUCAGGGAGAUUAUGUACCUUUUAGACAAUAUUCAUACACUGAGAAAAUGAUGCACUUCAGUUCGUGACAAAUUGAAAUCAUACUGGUGCUCACUGAGCAUGUUGUAAAUUUCUGUUACCACACACAAGAAAAUCAAAUAUUUUCCUCGCAUGCUCCGAGUGAGGUGUUCCCAGAAUUAUGGACAAAGCAAUUGAAAGACUGUUUUUCUCUUCUAAUGUGUCGAGCCACUGAAAGUGACAGCUUCUUGCUAUGAUAGGAAGCUUGCACUAGCUGGCUAUCCUUUUGAGAAGCUGAAGUUUGCAAAGGGACUUCCCCAAACAGAGCACACUCAGGACAUUUUCCUUUGAACUUAGCAGACUCUCUUUGGGACUUUAUUUAUUGUUGGCAGUUCUUCAGGGGUUUUACUUCUCUGUUGUGGAACAUUGUUUUAUGAAUUAAAAAUAAUAUUUUACUGUCCUGUUAGUAUUAAGUAAAAUAAAGGUUUUGGAGUUGCAUUUUUCUGUCAACAUUCGCUCUCUCCCAACAGCUCUCUUGUCAUAUUUGCUAUUGUUAGACACAGAAAGAUGAACUGUUGCUCACAGAGGUCAUGCGGAGACACUUCCCACUUGUCCCUCGGUGCCAGUUGCAGGAUCACUUCCCUUAAGACCAAGCUGAUGACCAGCUGGGUUACUUGAUACAUGGCCCACCAGGAGUAUUUUGCUUCAUAACUGUUUUUAAGUUA